GCACCCAAUGCGUCGAAUACCGCGCCCGCAGCGGGCAAUCGAUGCCUCGCUGCCAGUAUCGCCUCUAGCAGGACACCGGGUGUAUCGUCCUACUUGCCUCCGCGUGGUCUCUCCCUACAAUCAUCUCCGCACCACCUCCGCGUCCUUUUCAACCACCCCUUCGUUCUCCUUCCUCCUCGGCGGCAAGCAAGACAAGAAGAAGCAUCAGCAGUUUGUACGGCGAUGGCAGAAGCGACUGCUCGGCGACUCGGAACCGAUUGGCGCGCACGUCGACCCGUAUGACCCGACAUCGCCGGUGCGGAUAGCUCCCGAUGAGCAGGGCGAGGAACUAGAGGUACUAGAAGACCAAAAGAUCGUGGAGAGUCAAGGGCCACUGUAUCAGGAGGCGCAUGAUGGGAGACGACUGAGACAUGUUGGUGGCAAGGAGUGGACAGAGCAAUUGGAGGAGGGAAUCCUAGCGAAGGAGUUUGAGAAGCUAACGCUGAGGACGUAUACACCUCUGAGUCUGAAGAUGGCGGACCAGAUUGAGGACUUGACAGGCACGCCGUACACUCUGCGGGAUGAGAAUUUGAUGAUGGCACAAAUGUUCCAUGACUUCACCGGCAAGCCCUACACGGACUGGAGUUUCGGUCGCUGGACGCGAGUCAGGGGUCUCGACUCCCUCCGGGAAAACUUCCAUCGAGCCGUCGUAGAGAUAUAUGCGCUGAAGCAGGCCGGCAAGGAUCUAGACAUAUCGGCUUCCGCAAACCGUGGAGUAUACGAUGCCCCGAAAUGGCUACGGAACGUCAAGCUGCAAAGGAAGGGCAAUGGUGACUUCGCCCUAGCCUUUCCCAAACAUCAUACUCUACAGACUCUGCUUGAGGAUAUGGCGCGCGUGCCGGAAUGGCAACCGGAGCAGGGAGUGCCGGCUGAAGAAGAGCUUGAGGCUGAGGAGGGGGAAGAGCUGGUCAUGGAAGGGCCACAGGAGCCAGUAAUGGAUCCUGACACCCCCCCGGCGAAAAGAGCAGCGCUUGUGAAACAGGAUCCGGAGAAGAAGCCUUUUGACUUCAUGUCGAACAGACCUGUGCCCCGCGCUAAAAUUGUGGAGUCACCUGUCGAAGAUCUGGAGAAGGCCCAAGAACUUGUGGCAAAGGAGUCCACGCCAGAGCCAAUACCCACUUCAGCCCCUUCAUCGGCCGAUCUCGAAGCUGCGGCCGAAGCAUCUAGAUCAGCCAUUUCGGAAAUGCGCAGUGCCAUUCUGGAGUCUGCUGCCCGGUCGGCGGAGCAGAAUGUUGCUGCUCUACGAAAAGCGGUACGCGAUGGUGUGGCCGCUCAAGCCGGCUCGUCCACCAUAAGGGUGCCAAUACCCGAGGUUGACGCUAGAUGGCGGCAUGUACCCCUCACAGAUCCGGCCAUCAAGUUUGCGCUCACGAAACGCCUCGCCCAGCUCACCGGCCUUUACAUCUCAGAUCCCAACCUCACCUCCGCCAGCACGCUAGGUGAUCUGUAUCACCACCUCUGUGACGCCGAAAAACCGAAGCCCACGAAGCUAUUCAACCUCCUCAACAUUGAAGGCUCACGGCAAAACCACAAGGCCAAUCGACUAGCCGAGAGUGGCCAAGCUGCAAUCGAGAUAGCAGCGGAGAAGAAACCAGGUGUUGGCGAACUCCUGAAGCUCAGGAAUGUGCAGAUCUUCGGCAAGAAACCUAAUGCGGUGGAGGAACGUCGAAAGACUGGUUUACAGAAGGUUGUUCAUCAGGAGUUGAAAUCGCGCCGUCUGGUAGCGAAGCGCGGGCAGCGCGUAUCCCCAGAGAAGGAGGUUGAGUUGCAGGCCCGGCGGCUCGCGGAAUCCGGGGUCAUUGAGGGCACGAGACGUGCGCCCGAGUUUGGCCUGCCUAUCCCGCCAACUAUUGCAGAGAAAAUGAAAAAGAGGACGGAGAAGAAGAAAGGGGAGUUAGCAGAUAUGGGGAUAGAUGGGUACUCGGUGGAUAGGUAUAUCCGUCAAAGCAAUCGUCCUGCGGAGCUGAAUGUAUAGUAUUGGAAUCCUGCUUGCAUCUAUGCUCAGGGCACAGGAGGGGAUUUUGUUUUGUACAAUAUGUAGAAUUCGGAAUGUACAUUCAGUAUUCGAGCCAGCUUUGGUGGCUUGUUAUCAAAACUGCUGG